GGUGCGGCGCCGUCAGGCCGGGCCGGGUCGGGGGGCCGGGAGCCAUCAAGUCUGCACGUCCGCAGCCUGGCCGCUCGGCUUCAGCAGGAAACACCGAAUGGGCCUCGGAGCCAGAAUGUUGGCUACCAGGGUAUUUAGCCUAGUUGGCAAGCGAGCAAUUUCCACCUCUGUGUGUGUACGAGCUCAUGAAAGUGUUGUGAAGAGCGAAGACUUUUCGCUCCCAGCUUAUAUGGAUCGGCGUGACCACCCCUUGCCGGAGGUGGCCCAUGUCAAGCACCUGUCUGCCAGCCAGAAGGCCUUGAAGGAGAAGGAGAAGGCCUCCUGGAGCAGCCUCUCCAUGGAUGAGAAAGUCGAGUUGUAUCGCAUUAAGUUCAAGGAGAGCUUUGCUGAGAUGAACAGGGGCUCGAACGAGUGGAAGACGGUUGUGGGCGGUGCCAUGUUCUUCAUCGGUUUCACCGCGCUCGUUAUCAUGUGGCAGAAGCACUAUGUGUACGGCCCCCUCCCGCAAAGCUUUGACAAAGAGUGGGUGGCCAAGCAGACCAAGAGGAUGCUGGACAUGAAGGUGAACCCCAUCCAGGGCUUAGCCUCCAAGUGGGACUACGAAAAGAACGAGUGGAAGAAGUGAGAGAUGCUGGCCUGCGCCUGCACCUGGCUCUGUCACCGCCAUGCAACUCCAUGCCUAUUUACUGGAAACCUGUUAUGCCAAACAGUUGUACCACUGCUAAUAAAUGACCAGUUUACCUGAAA